AUGUCUAGCCCCAGCAGCAGCGUUUACGUCCACCAGAGCACUUCUAGCCGCUCUUCCAGCUCAUCUCGCCGUUCAACAGACUCCAGCCCUCGCCCUAGUACUACUUACCGCGAAUACGAUGCUGCAAACCACACUACACGAGUGACUCAAUCUGGCCGCACCAUCAUUGUCCAGCACAACAAACGCCACUACGACCCCAGCUCGCCCUCUCCUUCCUAUAGAUCCUAG